GCUCGCUUCCGUGCUGCUGUCAGAGGCCAAAGUGAGGUUAUGUAAAAUGUUACCAAAAUGAUAGAUCAACAAAUUCUAGCAAAAUACAGAAAAGAUGUAGACCAAAUUCGAAAAAGUGCCAAAUCCUUGGGCCUAAACGACAAAGAAGUAAACGAGCUAUUCAAAGAAUCACUGCGAGACCUAAGGAACGAAAUACACGGCUCAAAUCAGACUAGUAAACAAAGGACCAAAGCUCAAAAAUGUAUCCGUACUUUUAUAUUUAUUUCUAUUUUAUAUAUGAUAUUUAUAACUUUUAUUUAUGUUUUACUGCGUGUUCAUCAACCUACUUACAGUAUUGUAUUGCGGAAUGUACAGGGCUUGACACACCCUGUAUUAAAGUUUGUUAGAAUGUUAGCUGUACCUGUUAUAAAACUGUUCCCAUCUUUAACUGAUUUAUACGAGGAGAGCUGCCUGAUUGAAAAUCCUUACUUUUAUGUAUCUGAAAUGGAAUGUUGGCCGUGUGAAAAUGUCAAUACUGUGGUUGACAUUACUGAAAAUAAGGAGCUUUUCAAGUCUGGUGCUGGAACACCGUUUGUUGCCAAAAUUGAUCAAGAAAAAGUAACAUUAAAAACCUUAGAGGAACUUUACGCUGCCAAUAAAGCUGUGCUGGGGCCUGAAGCACAUAAAAUUAAAUCUUCCACUCGCCAAAUUCACCAUUUAAAAGAUUUGUUUGCUAAUGGCAUUCCUUCUGAAGCACAUGUGACAUGGAGAUUGAACAAAAUGAAUCCUGGUAGGGUGAUUAGACAGGUGUUCAAGAGGCCUCAGUUUCUUCCUGAUAGGGUAGGUCAAAGCGUGGAGAGAUUCCUAUUAAUAGACGGACCUGCAGCUGUGCCAUACGAACUGCCGAACACGGAGUGCGGCUACGUCUUCGUUUUGCAAGGAUCCGGAGAAAGGACCGUCGUGCUGAAACCAUCCAGGGAGUGCAGCAAAAAGUGCAAGACAGUCUCCGUGGUUCUCAGAGAAUCUCACGUCUGUAAGUACCGAGUUACAUCACGGCUAAGAGUUGUCGAUGGUCAAACGUUAUACAUGUGACACCGCGGGAGCGUUCAGUCGCCGGUCCGACCGUAGCUGUAAUAGCAAGCGUUUUUUGUAUUUUGUCGCUCUGAAGCGGCAAAGCUGCCCUUUAUGAUCAGCCUUUGCACAACGCUAAUUUUGCGUACAACAAUAUGUACUUUUUCAGCCUGUUAUAGGAAAGUGUUAUUAUUCGGAUACUUAUUUUUUUCAGUGUGGUACAACUGGU